CUUUGAUCCUCAAAUGGUAGAAACAAACGUGUGCCCAUAAAAACAUGGUUACCACAACAAAAUAAUACAUUUUAUUUCCUGCUGUCUUGUACGGAAGAUGAGCAAACAUUAACUGCAAAAGGAGUUUGUCGCUUCAGCUUGCCUUCCCAUCAGAAUUUAUCUGCGGCCAAAGCUUAUUUAGACAACUGGUUGAUACCGAGGUGAAGCUUCUGUUGUUCAGUACAGGCUUUCAAAGAAAUAUAACUCUGCUUACUAAAAUGGAGCAACUUAAUUCUGCCCAAAAAAAGGAAUCUGAGAUCACCUGCUCAUUUUGUGUGCAUUCUUCUGUAUCUGCUGUUAAAACAUGUCUGCACUGUGAGGCCUCUCUCUGCGAGGAACAUGUGAGGAUUCAUAGUAAAUCCAACGAGCACGUGUUGGUUGAACCCAGUACACCGAUACAAGAAAGAAAAUGCUCAAUUCACAACAAACUGAUUGAGUUUUAUUGCAAUAAGGAUGGAGCUUGCAUCUGCGUGUCCUGCUGUAUCGUCGGGGACCACAAGGGUCAUGAGAUGGAUCAAUUACCAGUGGCGUUUGAGAAGAAUAAGGUAAAGCUAGAAAAUAUCCUGACCGAUUUGACUGAAUCGAGAGUGGAAACGGAGAAAAGACUUGAGAAACUGGAAGAGAAAAGGAGAGAUGUGCAGGAAGAGGCAGCUGGUGUAACAAAGCGGGUCAGUACGCUGUUUAAUGACAUUAGAGGACGUCUGGAUGAACUAGAAAAGCAAGCCUUCAGUGAGAUUACCAGGCAGGAACAGGAGACCACUCUUCGGGUGGCCAACCUGAUAAAGCAACUGGAAUCAAAGAAGAAUGAGAUGUCAGACAAGAUCUGUAAAAUUGAGGAACUGAAAAAAAUUACAGACCCGUUAACUGCCCUGAAGAACAGUUUUAAUGAGGAGAAGAAGCGCAGGGGGUCUCGCAAGAUGAGUGAAACUGACACUGAUGCUAAGCUGGUUGGUCAUCUAAAUGAAGUUUCACUCUCCUUCAUGCUUCAGAUGGGGCUUCAAAGCUUGGCAGGUAGUCUGCUGCCACUAAAGGCCAAGCAGCAGUUUCCAGACGUGAAACCUACAGAGGUGACCUUGGAUGUAAAGACAGCCCACAAUAAAAUAAUCAUAUCAAGUGACCUUAAAACUGCAACCUAUACAGCUACACCUCAAAAGUAUCCAGAUGGACCAGAAAGGUUUAGGACAUGUCAGGUCCUAAGCAGUCCGGGAUUUUCAUCGGGACAACAUUACUGGGAAGUGGAUGUCAGCCAAGCGAAGAGGUGGAUUGUAGGAGUCGCCUGCGAAAGUAUACAAAGAAAAAUAGCUGGAAACGAUUCUUUUAUUGGAUAUAACAACAAGUCGUGGAGUCUAUUUUUCCAGAACUACCUUGGAGUAUCUCAUAACAACGUACAACAAACUGUGGUCUCCGAUACCCCUGUGCAGGCCCUAGGCAUAUACCUGGACUAUGAUGCUGGUCAGAUGUCCUUCUUUCAACUUGGUGAAACUCUUCAUCUCUUACACACUUACUCUGCCACCUUCACUGAGCCUCUUCAUCCUGCGUUCUUUAUAUUCGAAGGCAGCUCGAUCCGAAUUAAAAGUUAAACACAAUGAUAGAGAAACAAUUUCCUUAAGAAUAGAGGAACCAGGAUUUUUUUUAUACACAUAUCAAAAUGAUUCAAGGUUAGUCUUAUAAAAUGGAAUUAGUGGUAGAUCAUUUCUUAGUGAGCAAGAACGUUGCAAGUGCUUUACAUUUUUUUUCACGUUUCCUACAUAUAUUUUAUCCAUAUCCAUCUGAACAUUCAGAAAGGUUUUCUUUUUCUGAGUUCCUUAUAAUAUAAUUAUUUGCCAUACCAGCAAGUGAUGAGAACGAUGAGAGGAAACUAAAGUUCUAUUAUAAGCAUCUGAUAUACUCAUAGGGGUUUAUUCCAGAACAGGAUUAACCAGAAGACGACACCAGAACCACACAUUUGCUUGGUCCCAUUAACCACGUGAGGACUGAGGGGCCCAAGCUGGUAAGCACCCUAAGGACCCUGCUAAGAGCCCCUCUGGGAUUUUAACCCUUCUCUGGUUUAUUCAUUAAAGGGAGAAUUGUGGAAAUUAGACAAGGGACAUUUUAUAAAUGCUGGCAUGACUCCUCCAUUCUUUGUGGCGACAUGACUGUCACUAAAGGCAUGAAAUCUGCAUAAUAUAAACAGCAUUAUUUCUCAGAACUGACACUGCUUUCAUGUGCGAAGCUUCAGUGGCCCCAUCUAUGCCCCCAAAUGUCUUCGUUAAGAUUAAUUGAUUUUGGUGCUUAUACCGUCGCUUUAAUGUGUUUAAUCAUUAGCCCAUUAGCAAACGGCUUUCAAUGAUUUGUAUUUUGCUUUCAAUCACAAUUUUACUUUGUUUUUUUCUGUAGAAUUGACAAAAUAAUGUGUUUUUCUUCACAUGAUUCCUGUAUAUUUGACUGCAAAUUACUAUAAUUUAGCACAAUCGUCAUUCCUUAGAUUGUAAGCGUUUUUUUGUCUGUUCACCUUAAUUUGAUCAUCAUUUAUGUUUUAUUUAUAUAUUUCCAUUUUAUAAUAGUGCAGAAUAUGUCAGUUUGAAUAACAAUUGGCUAAUGUCACUAAAUGAGGGUAAAAUAGUAGUUAAUUUAUUAUUAUUCUUUCAUUUACGUUGCUUCCAUUUAGUAAAGAAUAAUGUUUAGAGAGGAAUUAUCAUGAAAAAUGAAUUGUCACACUAGAGGGGACUCAGCAGCUCACACUGGGGGGGAACACAUCAGCUCACACUGGGGGGGACAGCAGCUCACACUGGGAGGAACAUAGCAGCUCACAUUAGAAGGGACACAGCAGCUCACACUGGGGAGGGGACAGUAGCUCACACUGGGGGAAACACAGCAGCUCACACUGGGGGAACUAAGCAGCUCACAUUAGAAGGGACACAGCAGCAAACACUGGGGGGAAUACAGCAGCUCACACUGGGGAGAGGACAGUAGCUCACACUGGGGGGGAAACAAUGCAGCUCACAUUAGAAGGGACACAGCAGCUCACACUGGGGGGAAUACAGCAGCUCACACUGGGGAGAGGACAGUAGCUCACACUGGGGGGGAAACAAUGCAGCUCACAUUAGAAGGGACACAGCAGCUCCCACUAUACUAGAGGGAGGACAAUAAAGCAAACAACACAACUUCUUUUACACUAAAGAGUUUCAAACAUUGCAACACUGUAG